UCAUUUAAUUUUUUUUUUAAAUCUCACUUUAAGUUCAUCUUUAAUUUCUGAAAUCAAUUUAGAAUAAAUUAAUAAUUUAAUUCUGAUGUAAUAAGACAGUUAUCAAUAUAAUUAAUAUUAAAAAAUAUUUAAAAUUUUAUUUUCUUAUUGCUAUUCUUGUAAUUUAUUAUUGCUGGUUGCAGUAUGUCCACUUUUAGUUGCGUUUAUCGUUUUUAUUCUCAUUCGCAGUAAAAAAAUCGACGUCAUUCUUUUUGUUUCAAAAUGAUAAACAUCUUUUUUUACCAUUUCGACAAUGAAACAUAAGAGGAAUUAACUAAAGAAGUUGAAAUUUUAAUUUUUCGAAAACUUUCAGUUUUAUUUUUAAAAAGGUCAACUCAUUAAUUGCAGUCAGUAAGAGCCCAUCAGAAAGUCAGUAGAUUUAAAUUUGAAUUUUCUGUCUCUCUUACUCUUGUACGUUUUCUGCGUGGUGGGAGGAAAAUUUUGCGCGCGAAAUUCAAAAUCCUAUUUUAUUAUUAUAUAUUUCCAAUGUUUAUCGUUAAUCUGCUAGAAGAGAAAUCACCAUUUUAUUAAUUAUUCUGUAUAAUUAUAUUGAUAGUUUGGAUAUUACUAUUAUUUUGUUUAUUAAAUAAAAUUAGAAAUUUUAAUAAAGAGACUAAAUGGAUCAAGUUGUAAUUUGUAUAUAAGAAAUGAUUUUCAUUUGUUUUUAAACUAAUAGUGAAAAAGUUAAAGUUGACAGUUAUUGCAGUUUCAAGCAAAAUGAAUAACUGGGCUUGCAUCAGAUAUUUAAAAUCCUGCAAUGAAUCACAUGAUGAUAAAUCAACAUAUAUUGUCCCUCUAUCAAACGUAGAUAUACAAGGCUAUGAAUUUGAUUCAAAAAAAUCUUACAUGGUUCAAUGCUUCGGGGAUCCAACAACUAUGUGUAAAGCAAUAAUUGUAUUCAUUGCAAAAAAUACUUCAAGAGCAAAUGCCAUCAAUCGAAAAAAUAAGAAAAGAUUAGUGUUUCCAUCACUGGAUCUGAUUGACAAAAAAUCUUCUUCAGAAGGCGAGGAGGAAAGUGAUGAUGAUUAUUUUGCACAAAGAGAAGAGAAGAGGCAAGAAAAAAUUAAAAAACUAAAAGAAAGGUCUAAUCAAGGUGAGCCCAGUGUCAAAAAGACGAAAAAAAAUUAUGACGACGAAGAAUACAAGGAUGAGGAUGAUCUUUCAAGUUCAGAUGAUGAAUAUACUACAGCUGAUGAAAGUGAAGACCAAAAAAUCGAUAUUAAUGAAAAUGAUGAUUAUGACGAUUGUCAUGAAGACAUUCGUGAGAAUGGAAAAUUUGUAGACGAUAAAGACGAUGCUUUUCAUUACGAAUUCGUUAACAACAGUAUAAAAAAGAAAUUACUUCGAAAAUGAAAAUUUUUCUUUUUAGUUUAAAAUAUUUUGCAUUUUAAAAUAUAAUUAAUGUCUUAUAUUUAAAUUAUUUAAAAAUUUUGUUCAACUUA